GGCCUAGCAAAGGGUGCCCGGGGAUCCAAAACUGCAGGCCGCACUUAGCUUACCGUCAAAAAUAAACCAAAACAAUAACAGACAAAACUGGGAAGGGAGAGAAACACCGAUAGAGUCAGAAGACGACGUUAUCAGGUUACCUUGAUGGAAGGAAGCACAUCACAUAUCCAUUUGGUUAUAUUCUAAGGGUUUUAUCAUCAAAUGUGAAGUCUUUUUUCCGAGUGAAGACAUGGAUCAAGGAGGAGGGGUGUUGGAGCUACACACUCAGGAGCUCAAGAUGCCCCACGCUAUGAUCAUGCAAGACUUUGUUGCAGGCAUGGGUGGUCUGGCUCACAUUGAUGGGGAGCACAUUGUGGUGUCUGUCCCUGAGGGUAUGCUUCUUUCCGAUGUGAUGACGGACGAGGGAAUCCUCCUGGAGCAUGAGCUUGAGGUGGAAGGCCUAGAGACUCAGGUGGUUCAAGGCCUGGAGACAGAGGUGGUUGAAGAACUGGAGACAGAAGUGGUGGAGAGUUUACAUGCAGAUGUGGAGGGCUUGGAGGCAGAAGUGGUUGAAGGGCUACAAACACAUGUGGUAGAGCUGGAGGCUCAGGUUGUCGAGGGCCUAGAGGGCGAGGUGGAAGUGGAGGGUCUGGAGGCGCAUGUGGUCGAGGGUCUGGAAACUGAGGUAGAUGUUGAGGACCUUGAAGCUCAUGUUGUUGAAGGCCUUGAGGAAGAAGUGGAAGUGGACGGUUUAGAAGCAGAGGUUGUUGAAGGCCUGGAGGUAGAUGUGGAAAGUCUGCAGUCUCGAGGGGUAGAAGCCCACGAAAUUACCACUGAAGACAUGGUGUCCUCCGAGCACAGCGUGAUCAUGCCUGAGAACAUUCUGGGCACAGAGGUUGCAAUAGAGGAAGAUCUGGACCACCACCACCAUCAUCAUCAUCAUCAUCAUCAUCAUGUCCUAACCUCAGACCUCAUCCAGGACUCAAACCACCACCAUGAUGGCAUGCCAGACCAGGUUUUUGUGGCAGAGCUACUAUCUGAGCACCAGGAUAACACCCUGGACCACCAGCUUGUGUCGGAAGGCUUGAUGGUAACAGAGGCCAACUCCGAGACCAUAAUUCACGAACAGCUGCCAGCGGAGGCUGUUCCCCUGCAGACAGACGAGGAUGACGAUGCAAGAAGCAGCUCCGAGGAUUACCUCAUGAUCUCCUUGGAUGAGGUAGGAGAGAAGCUGGACAUAGGAGAUACUCCCCUGGAGAUCAGCACUGAGGUCAUGGAAGACAAGGAAUGUAAAGAGGAGGACGGCUCUGAGGUCAUCAAAGUCUACAUUUUCAAAGCAGAAGCAGAUGAUGAUUUAGGUGGAACUGAGGUAAUAACAGAGGAUGAUUACCAGAAUGGCCACCCCGACUUGGAAGCUGCAUCAUCAGGCAGACUGGGAGUUGGCCGUGACAAAAUGGUCUACAUGGCAGUCAAGAACCAUCCAAAGGAAGAAGAGGAUGAUGAUGACGACAGUGAUGAGGAUGACGAUGAUGACAUCAGUAAUACCAUCGAUCAGGUGAAGAAUGGAGCAGGAACACAAUUUCUGCAAAUCCGAGAGGGGAUGGGUGCCAACCGUGUCCUCAAACCCAAAGCUAAGAAAAAGAAGAAAGGAGACACACGACAGUGUCAGACUGCUGUUAUCAUUGGACCAGAUGGCAUGCCUUUGACUGUCUACCCCUGCCACAUAUGUGGGAAGAAGUUUCGCUCAAGAGGCUUCCUCAAAUGCCACAUGAAGAAUCACCCGGACCACCUUCUUAAGAAGAAGUACCAGUGUACUGACUGCGACUUCACCACCAACAAGAAGAUCAGUUUCCACAACCACUUGGAGAGUCACAAGCUGCUGAGUCACAACAAUGAGCGCUCUCCAGAAUACAGUGAGUACGCACGGCGCUACCACGAGUCUAGCCCCUUGGGCUCUGACAAGCUCAUCGUAAAGGAUCGGGAGCCCAAACUGCAUCACUGCAAGUACUGCGAUUAUGAGACAGCUGAACAGGGCCUGCUCAACCGUCACCUGCUAGCUGUGCACAGUAAGAACUUUGCACAUGUGUGUGUCGAGUGCGCCAAAGGCUUUCGUCACCCAUCAGAGCUGAAGAAACACAUGCGGACCCACACAGGUGAGAAGCCCUACCAUUGCCCGCACUGCGAGUUUCGCUGUGCAGAUCAGUCCAACUUAAAGACUCACAUCAAGAGCAAGCAUGGCGCAGAUCUGCCUUUCAAGUGCAGCCAUUGUCCACAAGCUUACGCUGACGCACGGGAACUCCAACGUCAUAUAGAGAUUGUGCAAGGCCACAAGACCCACCAGUGCCCACACUGUGAGCACAAGAGCACCAACUCCAGUGACCUGAAACGACACAUUAUCUCUGUUCACACCAAGGACUUCCCCCAUCAGUGCGACGUGUGUGAGAAAGGCUUUCACAGGCCCUCAGAGUUGAAGAAACACGCGGAAACACACAAGGGCAACAAGGUGCACCAGUGCCGGCAUUGUAACUUCAACGCUCCCGACACCUUCACUUUGAGUCGCCAUAUCCUGUCCUUGCAUACGAAGGACCUCCCCUUUAAGUGCAAGCGCUGCCGGCGAGGCUUCCGGCAGCCUGCUGAGCUGAAGAAGCACAUGAAGACACACAGUGGUAGAAAGGUUUAUCAGUGCCAGUAUUGUGAGUAUAACAGUACGGACGCUUCUGGCUUCAAACGCCAUGUGAUCUCCAUUCACACCAAGGACUACCCCCACCGCUGCGACUACUGCACCAAGGGCUUUAGGAGGCCUUCGGAGAAGAGCCAGCACAUAGCCAGGCAUCACAAAGACAUGUUGAUGUAAUGUCAUCACGCGCACACAAACACACUCCUCUUUCCCGAGUAAAUCUGUCACACACCCAGAGGUAAUUUUAGUGUAUUAACAAAGAAAUGACGGAUGUAUGCUGUUGGUGAAGACGACAACAUUAUAAUUGCCGUUCUGUGUUCUGUGUCGUAAUGGGUGUAAACCUCCUCCCCCAGGGGUAAUGCAAGAACACAUUUUAGAUAGGGGUGAAGUCUAAAAAAGACGGUGUGUACACUGAGUGGGACAGCUGUAAAAUUGUGUUUUGUUUUGUUGCAGAAAAUCACAUAUGAACAUAUAUUCAGGGUCUCAAAUGUCUAUAUUUUUAUACCCACUCAGCUGAAAUGCUGCAAGAUGAUGACUGUGUCCUGUAAACCAGAAAGUGGUGCUUCGUGAACGUCAUGCCAGUUCUUCAGAUGAUGUGGAACAAGUACCUGAGAAAUUUGCCUCCAUGCUACCAACUAGUAUCUCUUUUCCCUAUUAACCAGCUUUUACCCUUGACAUUUGUUUUCAAUGCCAUUUGGUCUUUAAGGGGCAGGACCAUUCAUGAGUUCAUAAAUGGUUUUGAGUGAUGUUGACACGCAUUACGCACCUUAAAACAUUUUUCAUUAAACCUAACCGUUGAACUUCCAUCAUUUUGGAUUUCCCUCCCAAGCCUGAACACUUGGAGUUCCUUUAAAUGAAUCAUGUAUAAUAUAGGCUGUGUUCUGUUAAAUAUGUCUUAAAAGUUGAAUCAGAAAGGUUCCGGUCUGAUCUGCAGUGUCUAACAAGGAGAAAUGGUGCAGUUGGUAUAUUAGUAGAAUCUCCCUUUAGUGUACACAACAAAUCUUCUGACACAGAAAUCUGCUAUUGUAUCUGUUACGAUGGCACCAACAGGUCACAGGUGUUUUAGUAUGACUUUGACAGAUGGCUGGCUUCAUGUGUGAUAUUAUUUAUGACACAGACAUGCUCUUUCAGCUAACCAUUUGAUUGCAAUCAUGCCUUACAUCUGUUGGUCUUUAUCCCUUAAGCACUGAUGAACACAGCUAAUCAGAAAAUAAGUGAUUUUUAACUCUCAAACAUGCUGUAUCAAUAUCAUUCUCUCAAGAGUGUGUGUUUGAGUCAGUAGAAAGCACUUUAAUAACUUUUUUAUAUUUUAAUUACAUGUGUGUACAUAUAUAUAUAGAUAUAUACAUAUAUCUAUAUAUAUAACCCCUAGAUAAUAAAAAAUUACAGAGCGUUGUGAGUUGGUAAAGGUAAAGAUUGUUUUGAGCGACAUCUCUAGCAAGUGGGCACUAUCUAUUACUGCAUCAAAACUGAAUUGUUAUUGAAAGUGGUGGGUGAAACCAUUUAUUGUUUUGUUCUAUGGAUAAGUGAUUUGGUUUUGUGUUUUGUUUGUGCUCACUAACAAGUUUCCCCGACCCUUGUCCUACAGUCCUAAAUAAUCCAACCCAAUCCCAAACAUGGGAUUAUUCCCUUGAAGUCAGUGGUCAUCAUAUUGGCAUUAGUCUUUAAAGUAUGCACAUUAUGCUGUCUUCAUGAAAUUAAUUGUGGUAUAUAUUAAAAAUCCCCCAUUUCGUGUACCUUAGUCUAUAUUUUCUUUCAGUCUGAUUGUGGAUAAACUACUGGUGGGGAAGAACCAAAAUAAACAAUUAUCUUUUUAA